CGCGAUUUCUCCAGCAGCUGCGCGCCUCCUCUCCGUGAUUUCGGCUUACAUUCAUCAAUCGGUGCUAUUCUCCCCCAAAUUCAUCUAUUUUAUUCGGUAAAUUAUGGCAUCAUCUUCCACCUCUGGUCGUCGGCUUGCAUGUGGUCCUGCGGAUCCAUCUGUGUUAUAUUUUCAGAGACAACACGUCUCUAACAACAUAUGGGCAGGAGUUUCAUCCGAAGAUGUACGCUGCCGACGAUAUGAAGGAAUAAUUUGGGAUAUUCCCAUCCAUCAAUAUGUCUUGGCAAUAGUGGACCAGAUGGGGUUUGGGGGUAUGUUAAGGUGUGGUAAACCAAAAGAUAUUGACCACCAUCUUAUCACAGCUUUGAUUGAACGUUGGAGGCCAGAGACUCACACGUUUCACUUUCCAGUCGGUGAAGCGACUGUGACACUGGAAGACGUGGAGGUCUUAUGGGGCCUGAAAGUUGAUGGAGAGGCUCUGACAGCUUACAUCCCCCCGACGGAAGCGGGAUAUUGGAAGGACCGGUGUUUGGAUUUUCUAGGAUUCAUACCGGACGCAUCCGAGUUGAAGGAAAUGGCUUUUAAGCAGACGAGCUUAUCUCGUCAAUUGAGGAUUGAGCUGUCUGGUGACCACGACCACUACAUAUAUGCACAGCGGGCUCGUAUCUAUUGUCUGCUAUUACUUGGUGGUCUGAUGAUCCCCAACGCCUCCGGAAAUAAAAUUCCGUUCUUCUACCUACAAUUUUUCAUGGAUAUAGAACUGUGUUCUACAUAUAGAGUGGGACAACAGGCACUUAACGGUAUGGAAUGA